AUGUCCACCAAACCAGAAAAGAAGUUGGCCGAAUGCCUGAUGAAGCGCAAGGCAUUGCUCGUCGUUCGUGAUUCCGUCGAGGGGUUUAUCAAGAAUUUCGACAAUCAAGAUGACGUGUACCAAAUCCCCAUCCGUGUUGAGGCGCUGGACAGAGUCUAUAGCGAGUUUUUGGACCUUCAUCUGCAAGAGCGAGAAGCAUUCGAAGCGCGAUACUGUUCGGCCAAAGGGUUCCUACUGAUGAAACGGUCCACUGAUCCCAACCAAUCAGCAUUGAAUGCAUCCUUCACGGCAAAUAAUCAUGCUUCUCAAGCGGGAUUCCACCUACGCUUACCCAAGAUUGGUCUACCGAAAUUCGACGGAGAUUUGUCCAGCUGGCUUUCCUUUCGUGAUACGUUCACCUCCAUGGUCCAUUCCAACGCGGACAUUCCGACAGUAGCGAAGCUGCAAUACCUCUUACAGUCAUUGGAAGAAGAAGCACACAAGCCAUUCGAAUCGACCGAUAUAAGUGCGGACAAUUAUUCUCUAACAUGGGACGCUUUGCUAAAACGAUACGACAACAAGCGUUAUCUGAAGCGUCAACUAUUUCGAGCUCUGUAUGACCUCCCGUCCCUCAAGAGAGAGUCUCCUCAAGAUUUGCAUAACCUGGUUGAUGACUACCAAAGGCAUGUGAAGGCCUUAGCGAAACUGAACGAACCAGUCAUCCACUGGGAUACCCCGUUGAUUAAUCUGCUAAGCUACAAGCUGGAUUCAACAACCCUCCGAUCCUGGGAAGAAAAAACGAGUAGCGCUGAUAAUGUCACUUACGAGGAGUUGAUCGAUUUCCUUUAUCAGCGGGUCCGAAUGUUGAAUUCUGUCGUCUCCGAUCUGCAACACCGCUCCACUCAACCCGGAUAA